ACAAACUUCAUGCUCCCAAGGCAAGGAAUCCUGUGCGCAAGCUAAAGUCCACAACUUACCUAUUGCCAGUUCAUACAGCAUCUCGUACGUUUCUUCUAUGUAUUUGAGAACGCCGUACCUCCCCUUGUACGGAGCACCCGCAAAUUCUCUUUCCCCUGACGGCUCCGGCUCCGCCAAGGCGUUAUCGACCCCGCGAUACUGCCCUCUACGACAAGCAACGGCCAACCCACAAAGCCCAAGAUGGUGACUGAGGGCAGUGGUCCUGCCCAGGGCACUGUGCCUUCCGGGACGACUAAGCCCAUUCAGCAAGAAGAGAGGAAGGAUGCACCUCCCGCGCGGGCCCCGCCGAAGAAUGACCAGCCAACAGGCCCUGGAAAUACCACCCCUGCGACUGCUCCUGCCCCGACCACCAAGCCAGCACCAAACAAGCCUGUAGCCAGGGACAACCAAGGGCCGUCAGGCGAGAAGAAGCUAUCCAAUGCCGAAUUGAAGGCCAAAGCAAAGGCGGAGAAGCAAGCUCGACGAGCUCAACAGAAGGCUGCCCAACAAGCCCCGCCCGCAUCAGCAGGCGCACCUCAUGCCCCCCAGGGCCACGCCGGCAACGAAGCCAAGGGCGGGAAACAUAAGCAGAAAUCAGACGCUUCUCAGCCCGCUGCCUCGGCCAACUCCAAAGCGCAGAGCACGAAGCAGCCUAUCGUCAUGGCCCCGACGGCGAAGAACACCGACCACAUGGCCGAUGUGCCCGAGUGCUUCAGCCAUCUGUCCAUGGCCAAGCGCAUUUCUAUCACCCAGGCUGACAAAGAUGUACACCCAGCCGUGCUUGCUCUUGGUCAGAAGAUGGGCGCCUUUGCGCUUACCAACAGCACCGACCGGCUCGAGGCUACGCUGUUGGCCUUCAAACAGGUCAUCGACUCGUACACCACGCCGCAGGGCAGCACCCUGUCGCGCCAUUUCACCUCCCACGUCCUGAACCCGCAGGUCGAAUACCUCAGCGCCUGCCGCCCCAUGUGCUUCUCCAUGGGCAACGCCGUCCGCUGGCUCAAGAUGCAGGUCAGCAAGAUCGACAUUGACCUGCCCGAGGCCGACGCCAAGAAAUACCUCACCGAGGCCAUCGACAACUUCCUCCGCGAGCGCAUCCACGUGGCCGACGUCGUCAUCGUCGAGCUCGCAGCCGACCUCAUUUCGCCCCAGGGCGAUCUCGUCGUCACCUUCAUGCACGACCCGCUCGUCGAGCGCGCCCUGCUCCACGCGCGCCUCGAGCAGCAGAAGAACUUCCGCGUCAUGAUCAUCGACGACCCGCUCGAGCCCACCGGCCGCGCCCUCGUCCCCCGCCUUAGCGAGAAGGGGAUCCGCGUGAGCUACGUCCCCCACCUCGCCGCCCUGGGCACCCUUCUCCAGGAAGCGAGCCUCGUGUUCUUCGGCGCCGAGUCCAUGUUUAGCAAUGGCGCCAUGUACGCCUGCGCGGGGACGUGCGACGUGGCCCUCUUCGCCAAUGACUUGGGGGUCCCAGUCAUCGGCCUUUGCUCCACCAUCAACUUCACCGAGCGUGUUGCCAUUGAUUCCCAGACGUACAACGAGAUCGACCCGGAUCAUCACACUGCUGACAGCUUCCGUCUGCUCUUCGAUACCACGCCUGAUAAAUACAUCACGGCCGUUGUCACGGAGCUGGGCAAGACCGCCCCGGCCUCGGUUCCCGUCAUCAUGCGAAAGUUGGAGGAACUGUGAGCCUGUACGGUACAUCAAACCAACAAUUUGGCCGGACUAAGGAUUGGUGGCGCUUGGAACUUUAUCCAGGGCGCUGCGUUUUGUAUUUGGGUGAUGCGAGACAACUCGAAUUUUCUUAUUCUCUUUUUAUUUUUUUUCCUUUUUAUUUUUUUUAUUUUUUUAAAUCCUCCCUUGGGAGGUAGAUACCAUUUGCACUAGCUUUUUGCCUCUUUGGGCUGGGCUGAUGAUGACCAGUCGUAACAAAAGGUUUGGUUGGGAGGUUCGGUUUUGGCAUUGGCAUCAGGGUAUGGUAUGAUACGAUGUCCUCAUUUGACGAUAGGGAUCCCGGAAUACAC